CAUAGACGCUGUGUGGAUUGUGGAAUUUGUGGAAUUGUCAAUAGUCGUUGGAUUUAAUCUCUCAAUAAUUCAGUAAUAACCUACGUCGCAUUUGUGCAUUACUAACGUUUAGUUGUAAUCACGUUGUAAUUUGUGUAAUUUAAAAACGUCUAGUGUAUAAAAUAUAAUCUAAAUAUCUGGUUUCGUAGGUGUUUCGAGUGCUACCUGAAUUAAGAGAUUUGUCUUUGGAAGUGCAACCUUGUGGAAAUUUAACCUUUGUGUUGUGUAUGUGAAUUAGAAAAUACUUCUACAGGGUUUCGUGUAGUAUUUUUUAACAUGCCUAAACGCGGAGGAGGUAGAAGAGAUGAUGGUAGAAAUUGGAAGAGAUACGAAAAUGACCAUUUUGAACAUGAUGACAGAGGUCAUUCCAACAAUACCAGGCGUGUUAGCUUCAAACCUGGAACAAAUAAAGGGAAAAACAAGUUCCGUACAUGGAAUGAUCCUAAACUAUUGCUUGAUGAUGACAUUGAUAUGUCUGGGGGUCCCAUGCAUGGUCAAGGGCAAGGGAGGAAAGGAGCAUUUAGAGGCAGAGGAGGGAAACGCAUCAUUUCACCAGCAGCUGGCGGUCCAAGAGGAGGGCCUAAGAAGAAGUUCAUAGCGGGGCUACUGCCAUGGUACCAAAUCGUUAUACCUUACGGCGCAAAACAUGAGAAAGAUGUUAUUCUUAAAGCAUUGUUAGGUUACAUAUCACCAGAGAUCUUCAUUCCCCAUUAUUACAAAGUGAACGGCAAUUCGUCUAUAUUUUAUGUGGACGAUGUGAAAAUUGCCGAAAAACUGUUUUAUGCAGACAGAAAGAUUGUGAUGUCUGAUGGCUUCAAGUUGGUAGUCAUUGUCCGUAAUGCGGCACCAACAGUUACAAUUGAUGCCGAGAUGAAGGAAAAGAUGAAGACUGCAAUGGUUAAGAGAUACAAUGCUGCGACAAAAGCUCUGGAUUUAACGAAGUUCCACGCUGACCCUGAGCUGCAAGACAUAUUCUGUGCUCUCUUCCGGCCCAUGAUAAUGUUGGCCGUGAUUGACAUCAUUGCGGAACACAUCCCGGACCUCGAGGCUUUGAACCUUAACGAUAACAAGUUACAUGGCAUGGAGCAUCUGAAGAUUCUCUCAACGAAGUUCAAGCUGUUGAAGAUUCUGUACCUGGGUGACAAUAGGAUACCAUCAAUCGCUUCCCUGGAGCCCCUGAAAUCCCUGCAACUUGUGGAGCUGUACCUCAAAGGGAACCCCCUCGUGAACAGGUUUAACGACCAUGACACAUACAUCAGCGAUGUGCGGAAGAGGUUCCCCAAGCUGAUGCGACUGGACGGCGUGGACCUACCUCCGGCUAUCGGGUUCGACGUGGCAGAAACCGCCACUCUGCCCCCUCGCCAGCAGUCCUUCCUCGUGGACCCGGCCGGCCAGGACCUGGUCAGGGAAUUCCUCACGCAGUACUUCGCUAUAUACGACUCUGACACGCGGCAACCAUUGCUCGAGGCGUACCAUGAACACGCAACAAUGUCUAUGGCGGCGAAUUACUUGAGCCACGACAAUAACAGAUACUCGCCGUCGUCUAGGCUGACCUCAUACAUAUCGAGCAGUCGCAACAUAAUCAAGGUAUCUGAAAGGGAGUCCAGGAGAAGGUACCUGAAGACCGGGAGGCUGCAAGUGGUGUCGUUCCUCUCCGAGUUGCCUAAGACCAAACAUGAUUUGAUGGGAUUUGCGGUCGAUUUACUAGUUUUUACGCCCACCAUGAUAGUGCUGUCGAUGAACGGCCUCUUCAAAGAGACCGCGACGUCGGGGAAUCCCAACCGGUCUUUCCACCGCACCUUCGUGAUCGUUCCCAACGCCGGUGGCGGGUUCUGCGUCAUCAACGAUAUGCUGUUCAUCACUAAUCCUGUUGAAGAACAGGAAGAGAAAGCAUUCUCGACGGGGGUUCCCCCCGCGGCGCCCGCCCCCUCCCCGGCCGCCGCGCCCCCCGCGCCCGUCGCAGACGACCCGCAGAAGCUGAUGCUGAACAUGCUGGGGCAGCAGACCGGCAUGAACGAACAUUGGAGCAUCAAUUGUUUGCAAGAGACCGGCUGGGAUUUCCAACGGGCAUUGUUCAUCUUCAACCAGCUCCAAUCGGAAGGCAAAAUACCGCCCGAGGCGUUCGUCAAGUGAUUACUCAAAUGAUAAGCUGUGUACAUAUUAAUUAAGAAGAUUAUAUUUUUACAAGAAUGUGUUGUACAUAUGAGCGAAAGUGGAUUUUGCUGCAAGUGAAGGGAACAAGAAUAGAGACAGUGAAAUAAUUAAUUAAUAAGUAGAAACGAUUUUCCAACAUUUGGUUAGAUUUAAUUUGAAAUUAAUCAAAAUUUUAAUGGAAUUGAUGAAGAAAUGAAAAAAAAAAGAAAAGCUAUCCAAGAUUAAGGUGUAAUAAAAAAAAAUGAAGAAAAUAUAUGAAUAUUGAUGAAGACGUGAAGACGAACAAGAUUCUGAAGAAAUUGAAAUCACAAUUUUUAGAUAUAGUUGGCAAUUUUACUUAUAAUUUGUAAACUUUAACAUGUUAUUCAUAUAGACUUGUUUAAAAGUUCCUUUUUUUUUAGAUCACAGAAGAAAAAAGUCAUAGUUAUGUGAAAUAGAAUUUAAUUUUUAAAAAUGUGAUAUGAUGCGGAUGACAGAGGACAGAGAUAUAAAAAAGAUGUAAGUGUGAAAGAGGCGUCAUGACAUAUUAGGUUUAACUGUCAAACGCAUCAUAGUUUUUUCAUUGUAAAAGUUUACAUAAUUUUACACUGAUCUUUUUGAUCAGUUCCUAGUGAGACUUUUGUAAAAAGCGCAAAUCUAAUUUUUAUUUUAGAAGGCAUAAUGAUAAAAUACAUUUUAAUUUUAACAUAGCUCCUUAAUGCCAAAAUUCCUUGAAAAUAUUAACGCAAAUUGAAUUGCGUUGAGAUUUGAACACCGUAGAAAUGUUUCAUUGAAUUUUACGUAAUCACGAUUACGAUAUACGUAUACACGAUAUCACGCCUGUUAGAACUGUAUGUAUUGGACAAAACUACAUAUUUUAUGGUGUCAUAUGCUUUACGUUCCAUUAAAUCCGACAGAUUUUUAUUUGAAUACGCUAAAAUAUGGAUCUGUCAAGCCGCCAUUUUGUUUUCUCAGUUUUAUUUUCAAUCAGGAGUUAACUGUUCAGAUAUUUUGGUUUGAACCAAUUAUGAGCUCACUUGAUAUAAGAUGGCGGCUUGACAAUGCAUGUUUGGUUAACUUUAUUGAAGGCAAAAUGAAAUUUACCAAUAUACAAAUAGUUGGUUCAGAUACUAGUUUUUUACAGUGUAUUUUGUAAACAGCCAUACAAGUAAAUUUUCAUAUAAUUGGAGCGUUCUCUCUCGCUCUAUUGCCAUAUAAUAGAGAGGGAAAGUUCUAUUUUCUUGAAAUAUGCCUUCAAGGUGUGAAGGAAACCGAAGUUCAAUAUUUAAGUGGCAUUAUUGUCUUUCAGUUUAUGUGGAUGUUGUAAAAGGUUAAAGAAAACAGAAGUAUAAAAGAAUAUAUUUUGGAUUGUAAAUAAAAGUUACAAUAAGUUUAAUUUGUAAGGUAUAUCUAGUUUUAAUACCUUUGGCUGUAAUAGUUUUCUUUUUACUUACAUAAAAAUAUGUAAACUAUAUUUUCAAAUGCAAAUUUGCAUUUUUUUCGGUCUCAGUAUAUCUCAAUAAGUACAACAAAAAUACAGCAUUGGACUUGUUAUAACUAUAUUAGAAAAAAAAAACCGUGUAACAAGUUUGUAACUCACGUAUUAGCUGAAAAUACUGUGCCUACAAUUAUUAUUAAUUUCUUUUCUGAUCUUUUUAUCUCGAUAAUUGUAUCAAAUUUCUCGGAUAUUCAUUUAAUCCGUACUGCAUUUGUUUUCCAACUAAAGAAAAAUGUAAAUACUUUCUCCAAGGGUUUCAUUCUCGGCAAAGCUAUAGUGCGUCCAUUUUCCGGCAGAGGCGCUAGUGUCGAAUUAAAAUACGGCCAAGUGGAAUGGUCCGUUGGACGUAGCCCGGUAAAGACGGUGGAACCCCGUGGGUGGAACCCUAGUGGGCUAGCCGUCGAGUUCCGGUACGCCUAUCAUACGAGCGCAUUGUACUGCCAAAUCUUGGACAUAAUGUGAUGCCGAGACCAUCGGGGGGCGUAGGGCGUAGUUAAGACAUUAUUUUUGAUUGAUGAAUACAAGUUAUUGUUUAUAGU